GGAAGAGUUCCAGCCCUCUUCGCGUAAAGUCCAUCGAAACAGCUUUCUGAGUCUGAUUUCAGUUGCAAACUGAACGAGCAAGAAAAACCAAAAUGACCUCCCUACUGCAGGAUAAACUGUAUGAAGUUCACAUGCAAGCGCCUCCCCCUAGCAAAGACUUUCAUCACUUGACAAUUACAAAAAAUGAGGUUAUCUGGAGAUCAUGGAAAAUCUCUUUUCGACCCAAUCAAGAAAAGAUUUUACCAAGAGAAGUGAAGAAACUUCAUAAAGAUUUUGUCUUGGAUGAACAAUUACACAAGCAACUACAAGGCAUCUUUGGAAAGAAAAUGCUAGACUAUGUUCUCAACCUGUGUCAAGAACAUUAUGAUUUCCUUGUUCGAAUGCCUGAGAAGUUGAUUAUGCACAUCUUGUCAUUCCUCAAUGUGGAGGAUAUUGGACAAUUGUCAAAAACAUGUAAAAAGUUUCGCAAGUUGUGCAGCACUGAAGAAUUUUGGGAAAAAAUAAAACGGUUGCAAGAUAGCUACAAUCUUGAUGCAAAAACAAUCACGAUCCCAGCUUAUAAGAGGCCAUCGAAUUCCAGUCGGAGACCAGGCUACUUGGCACAGAUGCAGAGAAGACAGACUACGUUUUUCUAAAAAAGGGGCACAAAUUGUUGACCACAAGCUGGGGCCUGGCCCCAUAGACAAUCACAGGAAGAGAGGAAUAAUUUGAACAUUCCACAUUACCGCAUAUAUCUCAAUCUUCAGAGGCAAGUUGUUAUAGUGCAGCCUUAAGGAGAGUAACUCCAGUUUAAGAGCCCCAUUCAAAAGGGGUGUGUGUGAAUCCACUCAAGGGAGCGGUACGUGGCCAUGUUGGCAGAUUUGCCCUUCCUGGGCAUGUGCCCUGAUGGAGGGGCAUCCACCAGCAUGCAGCUAUGACAGCUCCCCCGCCCCAAGGCUGGGAUGCUGCGUUGGACACCCCACCGUGUCCCAGUGCUCCUGAUGCCACCAGUGUAGCGGGGCCAGGAUGGGGAUGUUGACAUUCGUCAGCUUCCUGUCAACCUUUGCCUGUGUUACGCCCUACUGCAGACUUAUACCACUGAAAAUGUGGUGGAAGUUUGUUGGGGCUUCUUGGCGAUGGGGAAGCUUUUUGCUUUAUGAGCCUCCUCAUGCCAUUGGGAAGCCUCUAUGGGAAUGGCAGCAAGGGAUGGCUGUGGUGUUGUGGAUGGAUGGAGCUCCCCACCCAUUGGAUGGAGCUGCCCACCCUUUCAUUUCAAUGGGCUUAGACUGUAGUAACUCUGCAUAGGAUUGCACUGUAAGACUUCAUUAUGGCACAUUUUUACUGGAACUUCUUCCCUCCAGCUGUUCAUCUGGUGCCGACUAUCAUCAAGCUUUCAGCACUAGGUGACAACACUUUUAUUUUCAGACACUUGUGGAUGAUUGAAUGCAUUGUUCUCCUGUGUUGUUUUUAUGCCUGAACUGCAUAUUGGUUUUUUGAUGUUCUAUUUGUUGCUUUCCUGCUGUUAUUUUUAUGGGUUUUUGUCACUUUAAUUUUGACUGUAGCUUCAUUACUUAUACACUGUUAAUUUUAUUUCGUUACUUCGCUUUUUCCUGAUCUAUUUUAAGUGAAAUAAACUGACUCAUGAACUGAAACGGUGAAGUCAUGUUUCAAAUAAACAAACCAGGCUGGAAGUCCAAUUGGAAUGGGUAGAAGUAUGUAGAUAUGCAUGUAGAUAUGCACGUAGUUGGUCUACUGCUAUAUAUUCAAGUUCGUUUAUUAAAAGGAAAGAUUAGUAAGAGGCCCAAGUAUGAUUAAGUAAACCUAUAUGAAACAACAUUGCCAGACCAGGCAAAUAUCUACCUUUUCUGAUACAUAUAAAUAAUGUAAUGUAACUAAUAUAAAAUAACUAUAAAUAAAUAAAUAAAUCAAAAC